GACAGUGAUGAUGAAGAGGAGGUGGUCCACGUGGACCGAGACCACUUUAUGGAUGAGUUCUUCGAACAGGUGGAGGAGAUUCGAGGCUGCAUUGAGAAGCUGUCGGAAGACGUGGAGCAGGUGAAAAAACAGCAUAGCGCCAUCCUGGCCGCCCCCAACCCAGAUGAGAAGACCAAACAGGAGCUGGAGGAUCUUACUGCAGACAUCAAGAAGACGGCCAACAAGGUCCGGUCCAAGUUGAAAGCGAUUGAGCAAAGCAUUGAACAGGAAGAGGGGCUGAACCGUUCCUCCGCGGACCUGCGCAUCCGCAAGACCCAGCACUCAACACUCUCCCGGAAGUUCGUGGAGGUAAUGACCGAGUAUAAUGCGACUCAGUCCAAGUACCGAGACCGCUGCAAGGACCGGAUCCAGCGGCAGCUGGAGAUCACCGGCAGGACCACGACCAACGAAGAGCUGGAGGACAUGUUGGAGAGCGGGAAGCUGGCCAUCUUCACGGACGAUAUCAAAAUGGACUCCCAGAUGACAAAGCAGGCCCUAAAUGAGAUCGAGACGAGACACAAUGAGAUCAUCAAACUGGAAACCAGCAUCCGAGAGCUGCACGACAUGUUUGUGGACAUGGCGAUGCUCGUGGAAAGCCAGGGAGAGAUGAUUGACCGUAUCGAGUACAACGUGGAACAUUCCGUGGACUAUGUAGAGCGAGCCGUGUCUGACACCAAGAAAGCUGUGAAAUAUCAGAGCAAGGCCCGGAGGAAGAAAAUCAUGAUCAUCAUUUGCUGUGUGGUGCUGGGGGUGGUCUUGGCGUCAUCCAUUGGGGGGACGCUGGGCUUGUAGUCCCCCUGCCCUUCUCUCUCCCAGAUCCUCCCCCCUUCACAUCGGGAGCAAUACCCCCACCACCUUCCCACUCCAUCCCCCUGCUCCAAGCUCUCCCUGAAAACAGACCCAGGCAGCCCCACCCCCCUCCACUUCCCAGGCAGACCCCCCCUGCCAUGGACUGUCCCCCACCCCGCCCCACCCCGCACGUAGAUAGCAGCAGGCGUGAUCACACAUGCACACCAACAUGCAUGCCGCCGGCACAUGCUUGAGACGUGUGGACACCCCAGCGUGUGUGUACAUGUGUAGAUGUGUGUGUAGACCCCUCCCCCCCACCAGAUCACACCUCUCCCCUCCCCCUACCU